AUGCAAGGAAAUCUCAGCAACGUAUCUAACGAUAUCCUCGACGCUGAUGCAGAGUUUGACGGAAAGAUUGUAUUUCUGGUGUUCGUGUUGUUGCUUAUCCUUGCAACAGUCGUUGGUAAUGGCUUCGUAUUCAUGGCUGUUUACACAUUCCGUGAGUUGAGGACGGUGACAAAUUACUUCAUAGUGGCCCUUGCCGCCGCAGAUGUGGCCGUUGCUCUUUUGGCGAUGCCGGUAUGGCUUGUAAGAUCACUUGUUCACAUUGAAAGGGAACAAGAUAAUUAUGUGAUGGAUUUGUGCACCCAAUGGAUCGAUCCAUUCUGUUGUACAGCAUCCAUUGUGAACGCCACGUUAGUUUCCAUUGACCGUUAUUGUGCCAUUAGCAAGCCGCUACGCUACAGAACCAUGGUGACACCACUUCGUGCUAAGCGCUCCAUUGCCGUGGUUUGGGGAUUCGCAGUGGUCAUUGCAGGAAUCUCCUUUCUGCAAUUUCAUGAGUCCUACACGGUUAUCGAAGGCUAUGUUAUAUUUCUAUUCGUGACGCUAUUUUGUAUUCCCUUAAUCACGAUGUCGUUUGCGUAUAUCUCGAUCUGCAGGGCAGCCAUCCACCAGAUUUCUAAGAUGCACUCCACACGACUUAGCUCAACGUCUUACGAUCAAGACAGGAGGCAGUCGUUUGAACGACGAAAACGCUUCUUCAGAGAACUAAAAAUCACCAAAAUGCUUGCAGUCAUAGUGAGUCUGUUUAUAAUUUGCUGGAGUCCAUUCCUUGUGGUAACUCUCAUUGAAGCGUUCACGACUGAGGAAAUUCCACUUGCAGUUCAAGGUGUCAUCGUCUUUCUUCCCUACGUGCUUUCAUGCGCAAACCCUUGGAUCUACACUGGAAUGAACAGGGAUUUUCGUUUGGCCUUUAAAAAGUUUUUUUGUACCUCAAAGAUUCUAUGCCUUAAACGUUCCAGAGAGCGCAGCGCAAACGAGCGCAUGUUAAGGCCACUACCGUCGACCACAGUCGACGAAACCUUCAUUUCUAACGGCUUGCGACAAGGGUCCAACUCGAUUCGAAAGGUUUCCAGUCGUGGACCAGAAAUUACAACUGUUUAGCUUUUGAGAUGGACUCAAAGAAAAUAUCAAUUAACUCCUUCAUCUCCGAUUGUUUUAUCGAUCGAACUAAUGACAUUUUAAAUAUGAUUUAUAACGCAAAGGAUACACUCUUGCCAAAGUUAAAUGGAUAAGGAGAAUAAGCUGAUUUUCUCAAUUAGAGAGUGACAUUGCUCAGUAUACUGCUAGAAUGAUUGCGUUCGCUCACUUUCAUUACUUGAGCUGAAUGCACCACAUUUAUAUCGAAAGGCGAUAAAUGUUCUGAAUUCAGCUAAAGAAGAUUUACGGUCAUCUUCGAAAACACGGCAGACGCAACUUAGAUCCAAACCCACGUCCAUUUACAUUAAUGACCUGUUUGUCUUAUACGAUAAAGGAUGGAAAAUGGGCAGAAAUGUCUUUGUAGAUGACUGUUUGAAAAUAGAAACUUAA